AUUUUGACGUAUUUCUGGUCAGCCUUCAGUUAUCGCACUUUUUGCUUUAUCGUGAAUCCAUCAUCAUGGAAUGACUUUCACCACGAGAAGUUUUAAGCAAUCUUUUUUCUUAUUGGUCUAAAAUUUAAGAAACAAGACCGUUGAUUGGACCGGUUAAUUCGUAUCUAACCUUUCGCCCUUUUUUAAGUUUAAAUAAAAGUUCCAUGUCUAAGUGAACAGACUUACUGAAAAUACGACCAUUAACUAAAACUGAAAAGUUUUUUAAUCUAAGUUUCAAAGAAAUUACGGAUAUGUUUCUGAAACUUUUUGUGUUGGCUUUUGCCGUUUCUUGUGCAAUUGCUCAUAAUGCGGCCCAUACUGAAUGUGUCAACACAACAACCUUUUGUAAAGAUCUUGUCAUGCAAGUUUCAGAAUGUAAUGCUGAACAUGAACGUUGUCCUCUUUAUCAAGGAAAAAGUCAUACGGUAACAUUCGAGUGCACUCCCACUAAAAACUUCACUGGCAAAACUGAUUUUAGAGUUUAUGGAGUAUUUGAAAAAUUUUCCGUUCCAUACAGGGGUAAAUCUGAUGCUUGUGAGUCUGCUGUGACAACAGAUACUAAUACUCCAUGCAAAGACAUGGGUGGAUUUUUCCAAGAACGUAGAUUUAGGCACGAAUCAAAUUUCGCUGUUUCAGUUAACUAUCCAAAAAUACAACUGAAAGUUCGAUUUUCCAUGUGUGACAGAAGAAGCAAAGUAUGCAUGAUGUGCGCUGAGCUUCCAGUAGAAAUAAUGAGUCCACCAGGAGAAUAAAAAUUUUG